AUGUUCAGCAGGUUGAAAAAGCUGAUUGGGGCUCCUGAGCCUCCUCCUGCCAGCCCACCUCCUCCAGCUGCUACCCCACCUCCUCCAGCUGCUACCCCACCUCCUCCAGCUCAGGAGGAAAAGCCGGCUAAAAAGGAGGAUGAAAAAGAACAACCAAAGAACGAGGAGGAGAAGAAAGAAGAGGUGAAGAAAGAAGAGGAAAAGAAAGAGGAGGAGAAAAAGGAUGAAGAAAAGAAAGAAGAACCCACGAAGGACGAGCCAAAACCAGCUCCAGCACCUGCCCCGGCUGCUGCCGCACCUGCCCCGGCUGCUGCUGCACCUGCCCCGGCUGCUGCAGCCCCUGCCAAUCCAGAGGGGGCUGAGGGUGAAGAGCCUCCUCCUCCUCCUCCUGUUGUUUACUUCCGUGACACAGAUGACACGCUCCGCAAUGUGAUCAAAACCUUAAGAGAGCAGAAGCAAAAUGAAAAAGAGAAAGCCACAGACCCUUAUGCCACUUCGCCAGAGAUCACCCCACCUGUCACACCUAUUCUGAGGAAGGACGACUACAUCAGACUGAAGGAAGAGGAGCGUAUAGCAAAAGAAGAAGCGGAUAAAAAGAAGGCAGAAGAAGCAGCCAAAAAGGCAGAAGAGAAGAAGAAAAAGGAUGAGGAGAAAAGGCUGGAGGCCGAGAAGAAAGCAGAGGAAGAGAGGCUGGCGGAGGAGGCCAAGAAGAAAGGAAAGAUCAGCCCGAGCAUCUUAUUCGACUGGUACGACGUGAUCUUCAGACCAGUGGAGAAGCACAUGGACGGCGUCCUGGGGGACACCUUGGAUCCUCUAGAUCGUCGGUACAUUUCGUGGCUGGCUUUGGUAGCGGUGGCGUUCAACUACAACAUCUGGUUUGCCACCGCCCGGCUGGCCUUCCCUUACCAUAAUGAGGUCGUCAACCCUUACUGGGUCAUUUGUGACAUCCUGUCUGACGUGGUGACUGUCAUCGACAUCAUGAUUUGGCAGCCUCGAAUACAGUUCGUGAAAGCCGGAGACAUUAUUAAAAAUGGAGCGAUGGCUAAGGCGCAUUAUCGGAAAUCGCAUCAAUUUAAGCUGGCUCUCAUCAGCCUCAUUCCCUUUGAUCUUCUCUGUCUGCAGUUGAAUUUCUCCUCCAUAUAUCGAUUUAACCGCUUUGUCAGGAUUGAAGCCUUCUUUGAGUUCAGCGAUCGACUUGAGAGCAUCAUGGCCAAGGCCUACAUCUGGAGAGUGAUUCGUACCACUGGUUACCUGCUCUUUGCGCUGCAUCUCAACGCCUGUUGCUACUACGUUGCUUCAGUCCACCAGGGUAUUGCCUCCACCACAUGGGUGUAUGAUGGAAAGGGCACUGCGUACCUGCGUUGUUACUACUUUGCGGUCCGCAGCCUGAUUAACAUCGGUGGUCUUCCAGAGCCGAUUACCAUCUUUGAGAUUUGCUUUCAGAUGUCCAACUUUUUCAUCGGCGUCUUCGUGUUCUCCAGCUUGAUUGGACAGAUGAGAGACGUCAUCGGAGCAGCUACAGCAGGUCAGACGUAUUUCCGGGCGUCGAUGGACGGCUGUGUUGCCUACAUGAACACCUACACCAUCCCAAAAUAUGUCCAGAACAGAGUCCGCACCUGGUACAACUACACCUGGGCAGCUCAGGGCAUGCUGGAUGAGUCUGAGCUGCUGGAUAAGAUGCCUCUGGUGAUGAGAACCGCCAUCGCUGUCGACAUCAACCUGGCAACCUUCCAGAAGAUCGCCCUGUUCCAGGGCUGCGACCAGCAGAUGUUGGUGGACAUGUUGCUGAGGCUCAAGUCUAUCAUCUAUCUACCUGGAGACUUUGUUGUGAAGAAAGGAGACAUCGGUAAAGAGAUGUACAUCAUUAAAAGUGGAGCGGUGCAGGUGGUGGGAGGGCCUGACAACAGUAUUGUGUUUGUCACACUGAAGGCUGGCUGUGUGUUUGGAGAAAUCAGUUUACUGCAGUCUGCCAAAGAUGGAGGAAACCGGCGCACCGCUAACGUGAAAGCUCACGGUUUUGCUAACCUUUUUGUCCUGGAGAAGAAAGACUUGUUCGAUAUCCUAAUCCACUACCCAGAGUCUCAGAAAGUGUUGGCCAGGAAGGGCAAGAAACUGACCAAAGCCAAAGGUCCCGCAGGUCCUAAAGUCAAAGAGGAAAAGCCGAAAGGAUUCACUAUGUUGGGGAACAAACCACCAACGCCUAAGUUAAUGAAAGUCUUUGGCAAUUUCCGCAAAAUGAAGGUAAAGUCUUUAGACUGAUAGAGCAUUCUUUAUCUUUAUCCAGAGGAUGUUAAACUGGCCAAUCACAUGACGUCACUUUCUGUCUUCUGUCUACAGAAAACUGAAGAGAAGAAGACAUGAGAGUGAUGCUGCUGAGCUUCACCACUUUAAAUGUGUUUCAUUCUGUAUAUUCCACUUUUCAUUGGCUGCUGAAAGGCUCACAAGGAGACAGCAACAUGACAUCAUUCAUUCAUUCAUUCAUUCACGUUAUGCUCCCUAUACACCAGAAGACUUUGAAAAGAUUUGGAAAGACUCCUGCAAGACUAUCAGCUCACAUCUAAAGACAAGUGUUGAGAGUUUUUAGUCCCAGCCUAGUCUCAGACUGAGAUUCUACAAAGACUGUCAAUCUUGCAGGAUCACUAUUUACAAGGCUACAACUAGAUUU